GCCUUCUAUCCGUCAUCACAAUGGGUUGAGGUACUUCCGGCGCCUCUUUCAACCGAGUCCAAUCUCCUUCCGUCUGCUCCUGUGAUCGCUUCUACCGCAGGCGACACUUUCUCAGUCCCGGGAGCCUCUUGCUCCUCUUUGGCAGUGCUCUGCUGUGAUCCUAGUUCGGCUGACGCCACUGCUUCUAACCAACUUGUUGUCUCACUUUCCAAUUCGGCACAUCUGCUGGCUGAGGACGACCAGGCGACUGGCAUGACAAGUUUCUUAACUACACUUGCUAGCCCCAAUAAUCUUGACAAAGUGGAGCCCACUGAAGAAGGCAAACAUGAAAACGAGGAUGAUUGCGCUAUUAGUGCAGACAUCGUCACUGUAACCAAAGACCCUAUGAUUAAUGAUAGUUCAGCCUCGGAUUCCUGCAUUAUGCAAACUGGUGAUUGUUCCGCUACCUCUUUCGACAGUCAAGCAGUCACUUCUCAAGACCAUUCUUUCUUUAACUCUGCU